GUCGAAAAAAGGUUUCAAAAUCGCUACCUUUCUUCAAGAGUAAAAGGUAUGAAACUUGCCCUAGAUUUCCAAAAUCUCUUCUUGUUUGUUUUACUGGCUGUUAGUUUCUUGUAUCAUCUCCGUUGGGAUCUGAUUGAUAUAUUUAUUUUUGUCGUAUUUUCCCGACAUCAAAUUACCUUGCUGUUGUUAUUGCGUUGUUGAUUUUCUCAGAAUUGGGGAAUUUCUCUUGAGAGAUUAAUGCUUUGACAACUGAUUUGGGGUUUCGAUUUUCUUUGGCCAUGUCGAGCAAUAAAGAUGAUGGGGCUGCGGAGAGAAUCAAGGCAGCUGCUCUAUCAGCUGCGAAGGGGCUGAGCCGGGCCCAGGCGGAACGCGCCGCAGCUGCGGCUGCACGGAAUGUUAAUGCGUAUGGGCAGAAGGAAGAGGGCCCUAGCAGAUGGCAAGAGAGGAAAGAAGCCAAGAGGCAGAUGUAUUUGAUGAGCACUGAGAAGCAAGUGAGAUUGGGUGAAAGGAAGGAUCUCAAGAGCUCGACAUCGUCAGUUGCUUCUUCUUCGCAAUGCCAGAAGUGCUACCAGAUGGGGCACUGGACCUACGAGUGCAAGAACGAGAGGGUCUACAUCUCAAGGCCCUCGCGCACGCAGCAGCUGAAGAACCCGAAGCUCAGGAUGAAGGUCUCCAUCUCGUACGACUUGGACAAUCCUGAUCUCGCGGUGGAGGAGGAGGAGGAGAAGGCCGAGAAACGGGUCAAGAAGAGCAAGAGGAAGCAUAAGUCGGAUGCCAAGUCUGAUAAUGAUAGUGAGGCUUCGGUGUUUGAAUCUGACAGCGGCGCCUCCUCGGUCACGGGGUCGGAUGAUUCUUCCGGGGAUAGCGAGUCGAGUUACAGCAGCUCGACUGAUUCUGAGGAGGAGAGGAGGAGGAAGAGGAGGAGCAAGAAGAAGAAGCAGAGGAAGAGGAGGCAUCGGAGUUACUCCUCGUCGUCUGAAUCCUCAGAGUCGGAUUCUGGUUCCGACUCUGAUUCGGAGGAGAGGAGUCGUCGGAAGAAGGGUAAGAGCAGGAGGCAUGGGAGAAGGCACUAAUGGAUCUUGAUGUGAUAAACCCUUUAGUUUUAUGUGUUUCACUUGCAAAAUUUGUGUUAAUGGUUUGCUGAGAUUCUCCUCUUGUAUUAGGAACUAUGCUUCUUUGCAUUGAGCUGUGUUUGAGCUAAUCUUUCUCUCUCUCUCUCUCUCUCAUGAUCUGGAUGUUUUUGUGGACGUCAAGAUUAAUAAUGGUUAUGUUACAGUUAA